ACUAAUUCGUGGUUACUUUAGUAUAGCAUGCAGUACACUACAGCCGGUGGCGCUAGUGCCGCUCUCCGGGCGGUAGAGCGCCUUCUGUUGACGGAAGUUCCCACGGAAGAAGAACAAGAGCCGCGAUGGUGCGAUUGAAAUCCAGGUAUUUACUGUGCGAAGUCAUCGUUCCGGACAGGCGCCACUUGUUGCUGCUGGAUGACCGAGCAGUUGCGGCGUCAGUGAGGGAAGCGGUGGCUCGCGUGCACGGGGACUACGGAGCAGCACUGUGCAGCAGCAGGUUCUCUGUCAAAUAUCUGAACGCUCAUACUGGAAUAGUAUUCCUGCGUUUCCCAAAAAGGUGUUACAAACUCCUCUGGUCUGCAUUGCCUUUCAUUACCAGCAUUGAAGCUCGUGGGCAGAGCAUCGCAUGUUUUCUGAACUGCUUGCAUGUGGGAGGAACAAUUAGAACCUGUCAGAAGUUUCUGAUCCGAUACAACACCCAGCAGCUCCAUCGAAUGCUACCUAAAUGUAAAAAUGAAGAAGAAAAACAACAGGUAAAGAAAUCUAUUCUGAAGUGCACUCUAACAAAAGGAAACAGGAAAGGAUUGGACUUCCCAAGUGAUGACGAUGAAGAUUGACUUAACAGUAAAGGGCAACGGACAAUGUUUGUUACAGGCCUGCAUUUAAGCAUUUGAAGAAAUGCAUAACUCACUCUUUGGAAAUAUGUUUUAUGAUACAGCUUCUCUGAGCAGUUUGUAAAUAUAUCUUACUGACUGUAUGCCUAUCUUCAAUUCAGGUGCACAUUAUAUGUUUGUUACAUAAAUGAUUUGAAUUGUCAGAAUAGCCUGUCGGCAAAAAUAUAACUGCAAUCCCGUAGUACAAAUAAUGAUGGCCUAAUAUGGCCUAAUUCUGAAAAUCAUUUUUUUCAUUUUCAAUAAAGUAUUUUGUAUUGUACUAUGUUUUAUGGUUGUUCAUAUUUUGUCUACAUAAACACUUUCUGAAAACCA